UUGUUUGCAGCAACAAUGAUGACGAAUAAAAUCAAUCGAAAUCCAUCAAGAACAUCAACAUCAUCAUUAAUAUUAUUGUGGAUCACCACGAUGAUAUGUAUGAUAAUAAUGAUAAUGCCAACAACAAUAAUGGCAGCAAAAAAACCAUUAAAAUGUGAUCAAUUGACCGAAUUCACAAAUGAUGUUAUCGUUGUUACAUCGAAAACACGUAAAUUUCCAACAAACACACAAGAAUUGGAAGUUUAUUGCAAGUUAAAAAAAUCAACAAUUAGUCACCAAUAUAAUGGCAAUAUCGAAACAAUGUUUUAAAGAAGAAAUGAAAAACAUCAUCUCAUUGGUCGGUUAUUCAUAUCGUCAACGGGUAAAAUUAUUGUGUAAGAAUAAAAAUAAAAAUAAUCAACGUGCCAAAGAAUUAUUAUCAGCUGGUGGUUGUCUGAAUCGUUAUCGUACAAAAAUGGGCAAAUGUUUUGAUCGUACAGCCAAUCGUAUUGGUGAGAUUAAAUCACAGCCAAAUAAUUUAAAAUUUCCAUAUCUUUGCUGUGAAACUGGACAAAUACGUAAAUGUAUUGAAAAAAUAUCAUCCGGUGAUUGUAAAAAUGAAAUCCAAUUUUAUAUUGAUGGUGCAUUAUCGGCCACAAAUGGUUUCAUUGAUCGUACCUGUGGUGAAUAUAAUGAUGAAACAGAUAAAUGUGAUAAAUUAAAACCAUUAAUAGUGAAAAAAGAAACACCAAAUCCAAGUCUUAUUGUUAAUGUUGCUGAAUUGAUUGCUACAAUACAAUGAUCAAUCAAAUAUCAAAUAUAUCUAUUAUUGAUUAUAAUCAAAUCAAUCCAAAAAUGAUGGAUAAAUCACCACCACACAUUACACAUUACACUACCAUUGACCUUGUUUAUACACAAAAGAAUAUACUACUUACUUAUUAUUCCAAUCAAAUGAAUAAAAUUCAAAUAAUUUUUCAAUGUUA